UUGAAAACAUCGCCGAAAGAUCUGAUCGUCUGAAAGCAACGUAUGCUGCUGAUCGAUAAUAACAAUAAUAAUAACAACGCCCGCAAACGACAUAAACACGGCGUGCGGACGCACCGCACACAAACCAACCUUGCUCCACACAGAUGACCCUCGGCCGCCACCGCCGCGCAUUCUUGCCGGAUUAUUGGAAUUCCACACCUGAACGACAUGCGGUGCGUGCGCCCCACCCGAAGCGGCGGCGGCAACGGUAACCGGUGGGGCGCGAGACCGGUGUCGGCUCGGUCGGCGGUGGCGGCCCGGACCGUGGUUGCUAAGCCCGUACAACACGCGUGUCCCGUACAAUAAUAUAGUCGUGCGCCGCGUACCGGUUCCCAUACGUGCCGCCCGGCUGUACUGUUCUCUCGUCCGCGGACCGUAUGUUUCGCGCGCGUAUUUCUCCGAUCACAGCCGCGGUCGUUUUUCGAUACCGCUCGUCGCAGUAUUUACUACUACUACUACCACUACGACUACGACAACAACAACAACUACUUCUACCAUGACUGCUUACUAGGUACUACCACCGCCGCCACUACCAUCACCGAGUCGGCGGCGUUUGUCGCCGGCACCGCUGCCCGCGCAGGUUUCCGUCGCGUUCGUUUUGAAUGCCGCCGGUACGCGACCGCCGCCGCCACCACCGUCGUCGUCGCCGCCGCCGCCGGAGACUGAUCCGCCUGGAACCACCGCCGCCGCCGCCGUCAUGGGAAUAUUCCGGUGUCCGUUGAUCAGGUUCAGUCAGCGGCGGGCCAGACAGCGCCGGUUGCCGGAAGAGACGUCGUCGCGAUCGCCGUCUGGAGGCACAUCGAAACCGCCGCACGCCGGCGCGACAGACGUCCCGGCGGUUCUCUCGUCGCCCUUACCGCAGACGCCGGCCGCCCGCACUACCUUCCGCACCACGACCCACAACGCCGCCGCACCUCUCGCACGCAAAUUACCGACGUCGGGAGAAACAGGCACAGAACUGACGGUCCGGGAGCUGGAAGAGAUGGCGUGCCGGCAACAGCAUCAGAUCGAGUCGCAGCGGCAGUUGUUGGCUGCCAAAGAGCAGCGACUCCGCUAUCUGAAACAGCACGACGCCAAGCACCAUCAGGUGGCGGCGGAGCACGAUAGGCUCCGCCGCCUCCGGGAUCGGGUCGAGGCUCAGGAACAAAAGCUCCGUAAGCUCCGGGCGCUCAGAGGUCAAGUGGACCAGACUAAACUCAACAACGCCACACUCACUUCUGACCUGGAAUCGAUCCGUGCCUUGUUUAAUGAAAAAGAAAAAGAACUAACAAUGGCUGUAGCUAAAGUGGAUGAACUAACUAGGCAACUAGAAGACGUUCAUAAAGGACGUGGCCAUGCACAGCCUACAUCUCCGGCCUCCAUAGAACUCGACAAACUACGGGCCGAGUUAUUAUACCGGAAUAAAUUGGGCGAACAGCAAACUGCCAGGCUGGUACAACAACGUGAGGUUCUGUCCAAAAGACAAGAGGAAAUGGCAUCCAUUGACCGGCGAAUAUCGGAACUACAAGCUAGGUUACACAGGAAGAGACUGCUCAACCAACAGCUGGCCAAUCAAAUUCAGGCUAACAAACCAGGCCAAAAUAACAGAUCUCUGGGCGGCCCGGGUAAACAAAUGAUGCCGCUGUGCGAUGGGAAAAUGAACGGUGGAGGCGGAAAUGUUGCAGCCAUCGAGCCGUUUAACCACAUACCAGACGCGAUGAGUAAGAAUUCAAUGUUACGCAAGUCCGAGGAUAACAUCCUUAGUCACGCGACGGUAGACUGUGACCCACAGUCGUAUGGUGGACGGUCAACCAGACCUGAGCUUAAGUCUCUGUCUCAGCAGCCUUUAGUCCAGAAACCUAUGGUGGACCCAUACCAUCAACAGUACCAGUCGUCAAAUAACAACUACAAAAUUGAACAACAGAGUAACGGUAACCCAGGUGACCUCGCGUAUUUCGGUGGUAGCAAGUUUGACCCUAAAUACCAGACACUACCCUACAAUACCAAAUUUUCACCGUUGGCAAACUACAGUGGAAACCAACCGGCGCUCCAGCACCAUCAACAUCAGCAGCAACAACAGCUACAACAUCAUCAUCAUCAUCAGCAGCAGCAGCAACAGCAGCAGCAGCAGCAGCAGCAACAACAGAACCAGCAUCAACAGUGGUUCGGCCAGCACGAAGACAUGUCCGAGGACAUUAAUAGAGACCUAGUCAAUAACAAUACCAGCUGUUACGGAGCUGAUCAAAAACUUAACGGAACGGCCCAAAGUAAAAAGUCAGUUUUGGCCGGCCAAGUUCUGACGAACCUGGGACAAAAUUUACAAAUGCAGAGUUCCAGCAGACCUAUCAACGCUCAAGUGUAUCACACGAAACCACUUUCAUCGUCUAAUCAUGCUUCUCAAAGGCCUUUAAACUAUUCGGUACACCACCCUCCAGUUCUAGUGACUAGAAGCCAACCAGUCGGUGGAACCGGGAUAAUAAAUCAUCAGAAACCGACAAGCAGCGUGUCGCCCAUUUAUCAGACGUCUUCGACCAAAGUACAGCCGGUGCAGCCUCAAGUAUUAAAUUCCGUGGCGGCGAACCAAGUAGUACCUAAAGAAUCAAAACAACCAAUUAGGUUAGCGGCGGUGGUUGCUGCGGAGUCUGAACAAUUGGUCGGCGUGGACCGGGCCGGCAGUCCUCCGACCAUUGGAAAACCGGCGUUACCCCCCAAACCUCCUCCGCCACUGGUCAAGACUUGUACGCCACCACCGCCGCCAAGGCAAAACGCUUACCACCACCAUAUACCUCAGUAUAACCAGCCGGAUCCAUCUUUGGAAGACGGGGGCCUAGGAGGAGCUGGCGGUGGUCGUGCGUACUACACCGACUGCAGACCAGCCCCACUUCAAAAAGACUUGACGCCUCCCCCGCCGCGGAUACCCAACGGUGGCAUUACUGGAGCCCCGGUCAAGUCUGGAUUUGGUAACUUGGUGGAUUCGUCCGAGUCCGACAACUCGUCGAGUUCGGCGUCCAUGCGAUGUACGAUCGGUAGCAACGCCAAAAGUGGCGAACAUUUGUUGGACAGUGUGAGAUCUGUGAGCAUAUCAACGACCAAAGGAACGCCUCCCCCUCCACCACCACCACCACAACCCCAACCACAGGAGUCGUCUACUACCACAGCCACAUCUCCAACUGAACCCGUGGGAGUCAAAGAUCAGCAACAGCAGCAGCCACCACCCCAAGAAGCCAAACUCCCCUCUAGACUGCCAUCACUUUUGCUCAGCCGAACCACUUCUUAUCCGGUGACGGAUAUUGUCGGGAGCGAGAGUAAAGUCAACAACAACAACAAUAACAACCUCCAUCACCAUCUCCUUAACCAUAAUCAUAAUAACAUCAACAAUAACCACCAGCAAUUGCAACACCGGAUGUCAGUCGCACCACCUCAACAGCAGCAGCAACCAGCACAGACUCCAUCUGCCAUCGCCACUUCCACCAUUUCCACCACAUCGACCGGCAGACAACUAGAUCCUCAGGCUGCGGCGGUUGAUGAAACAGACAGAGCUCGGGCAGUUAGUGUGGCCCAGCGCAUUGACGAACUGGAGACACGUUUUGGGGGCGGAGGCAGCAGUAUAGGGGUCGUUGGAUGUGGUGGGUCUUCGUCCACUGACGAUAACAGCACCAGCAACCACAGCUCUUCAUCGCCGGACUCUGGCCAAGACUCAGGCAGAGACGACAUAUCCGUGGAAUGCAGAAACAGGUUGGUGGUGCGGAAAAAAGGCAACCUCAAGGAGUCGGGCGGUAGCAUCGGUCACAAGCGACGUGUAUCGUUCGAUCCGCUCGCAUUGCUGUUGGACGCCUCGUUGGAGGGCGAACUUGAGCUGGUUAUGCGAACCGCUGAACAAGUGGGAGAUCCGAGCGCGGCUAAUGAUGAAGGAAUAACUGCGCUACACAAUGCCAUAUGCGCCGGCCAUAUAGACAUUGUUAAGUUCUUAGUUAAGUUUGGCUGUGAUGUAAAUGCUCAAGACUCCGAUGGAUGGACGCCGUUACACUGUGCCGCCAGCUGUAACAACCUCGCCAUGGUCCGAUUUCUGGUGGAGCACGGGGCGUGCAUAUUCGCCACCACGUUGUCAGACCAGGAGACGGCCGCCGAAAAGUGCGAGGAGGACGAAGAGGGUUUUGAUGGAUGUUCAGAGUUUCUUUACAGCGUUCAAGAGAAGUUAGGUAUAAUGAACAAUGGCGCGGUGUACGCGGUUUUCGGUUACGAGGCGCACAACCAGGACGAGUUGACUUUCGACGACGGCGACAGGAUCGUCGUUCUACGGAAGGGCGACGACACCGAACGAGAAUGGUGGUGGUCGAGGAUUGACGACCGCGAAGGAUACGUGCCACGGAAUUUGCUAGGGCUUUACCCGAGAGUGAUCGGUGGCAAAAAAUCGGUGACCGAAUGACAAUCCGCUUCGAUGGCAACCGCGAUAUCACCGGGGCCCGUCAAGAAGCUGAUCGAUUCUUGGGUCCCGCCAACAUCAUAUCAUACAACGAUAUCAUUCUUAUUAUGUUAGACUUUCUCAUAUCUAUAACGUUAUUAUAUAUAUUAUUAUUAUUAUUAUUAUUAUUAUUAUUAUUAUUACUAUGAUAAUUAUUUUUUACGAUUUCUUUUUGACUUAUUGUUUUUUUUUUUCACAUGGAAAACACACUUCAUUUAUUUAUUUAUUAUUUCUAUAAUUAUCAUUAUUAUUAUUAUUUUGUUGUAAUUUAAGACCAAAGUUUAUUUAUGCGUUUUGACCAUGACAAAUUUUAUGAAAGCAUUAUCGCGGUGUAUAUAUCGUAUAGUAAUUUUAUAAUAAUUUAGUUGACAAAAAAAACUUAACAUUUAAAAUGCAUGUAUAUUCUUAUUCAAACACUGAAAAGUUCACGCGGUCGAGUACGUGACAUAUAUAUCAUAUAAUAUUGUAUUCACAGUGAACGUGCAUAAAUUGUUUUUGGAUGUUUUUUUUUAUUUAUUUAUUUUUUGUUUUCCUAAGUGUUUUCACGUUUAUACGAGUACAUUAAACUAAACAUCAUCAUAUUUGUAACAUAUAGUAUUUUGACUAAGGAAUUUUUUUUCUAAAAAUUGUGAUGUAUAAAAAUAGUAUAAAACGUAUUUCUUUUCUUUGUUGUUUAUCCAAUAUUAUUGUUAUUGAAAUAAAUUUUUAUUAUUAUACGAUCGAGUUACAAUAUACGAGUAUCAAAAUGAGUACCAAGUGGCCGCGUAUCAAUAAUAACAAUAUACAAUUAUUAUUUUUA